GAUGUUUCGAGAAGCGAGAGGAGCUGACCCUACUAGCCACACCCACACCCGCUGCCUUCCGAUGCUGCAGUGUUAGCGAUGCUGGAGCUGACCACUGCAGGAAAAAUCGCCUUGUUCCUCGCCGUCCCCACCACCUUUGUCCUGCUUUACUGGCUGCUGAACCACGGAGACGACGAUGAUGAUGAUCUGCUCUCUGCAUCCAAAGUUACCACAUCACGUCAAACCGUUAUCGAGGUUAAAGUCCCCCGAGCAGCUGUUGGUUCAGUGAUUGGACGGCAGGGAGCUAAUAUAAAACAGAUACAAGAAGAAAGUGGAGCGAAGGUGCACUUCAAGGAGGAGAACGCACUGAGUACAACAAAAGAAGAGGAACGGACUGUGGUGAUCCGCGGAACCUCGGACGCUGCUCAACACGCGGAGCUACUCAUACGCAGAAUAACCGCAGAAAUGCCGGACAUAUUCACAGAAGAGAUCCGUGUACCGGGCUAUUGCCUGGGAAGGAUAAUAGGACGAAAUGGCGAGAACAUCAGGCAGAUGUCUCGUGCAUCAAAAGCCAAAAUCUAUAUUGACCGAACCCAAGACGCAUAUGGCAGAGACGCCCCUCGAACUGUCGCCAUAACAGGCUCAAGGCAACAAAUUGAUCUUGCCAAGGGUCUGAUUGGAGAGAAGGUAGAGGAGGAAGAAACGUUCCGUGCCAAGGAGGCUGUGUCAGCAGCUAAUCAGGAUCAGAGAGGCAGAGAGAAACGCAAGGAUGAGGAAGGAAGCGCCCACACACUGCAGGGAGCAGUUGUGACACAAGAGGCUUCGUGGGAUGAGACAAAGAAGGCUUCUGAUUGGCCAGACCAGAAGGACUACCUGGAGGUGUACGUGUCGGCGGUGGAGAACCCCGGCCACUUCUGGAUCCAGAUCCUCAGCUCCACCGCGCUACAGCUGGACCGAGUCACCGAGGACAUGACACGAUUCUACACCACGGACGAGGCAACCAGGGACUGCCAGAUCCCAGACGUCACUGUGGGGGAUAUGGUUGCUGCGCCCUUUGACCAAGACCCGUCGUGGUACCGGGCCCGAGUGGUCGGGUUCGACGCCGACCGGGCUGACCUGUAUUAUGUCGACUACGGAGACAACUGCUGGGUGGCUCGAGACCAGCUGAGACAACUCCGACCUGAUUUCCUAAGUCUACCAUUCCAAGCUAUUGAAUGCAAACUUGCUAAUGUAACGCCAAAAGGAGGUAACUGGAGUGAGGAAGCUAUCGAGGUUUUCGAGGAGCUGACUUACUGUGCCCACUGGAGAGUUCUGGUGGCGCGGACUGUCCGGUACGAGUCCCGGGGGGCGGAAAUGGUACCCUGCUUACAGCUUUACGACACCAAUGGAACACAGGACAUAGAUAUUAACGAAGAGCUUGUAAAGCGAGGGUUUGCAGAGCAGGUGGAGAUGGAUGCGCCUGCCACACUUGAAACAGACCUCACAUCACAAGAGAAGAAAAGUGAGGGUGAUGCGAACAGUGAUGUUUUCUUCCGCGGAGCCUCGGCAGAAAGCGAGGUUGGCGAGAAGGUCAUUGUUCCUCCAGUCGACGAAAAUUGGACCUCAGAAUUCCCCUGGGCGUGGGCUUACAAUGACGAGGAUGCCCCUUGGCAAGAUGCUGUACAUAGAGAAAAUGAAUACUAUGACCAAUGGUUCGCAGAGAGAAGCAGCCUCAACCAAUCAGAUUCUCCGGCACAGGAGACAACUCUGGAUGGGGCUGAAAGAGAACAAACGACAAUUUCCAAACAAGUUUCGACGAGAGAUGAAGUGCAAGAGAGUGAAAAGUUAUGUUUCCGAGAAGAUUCUACGGAGGUGAUGACAAGUGAUAAUGAUUAUGUGAGAGACAAUAACAAAAAUGACUUUCAGUUUGAAAUUCUCGAUAACCGAGAAAGUGCCAAAACUGAAUCCACAGAACUUUUGAAAAUCAUUGACAGUGAUUCUGAUCUGAAGAUGAAAGACGAGCCGUACAGUGAAAGUGAUUUGAAUGACCCGACAAGUGUUGGGGACUUUGAAGUCUCAGCAAGUGACGACACCGGAUUGAACAUGUCCGUGUCGGAUGUGGACACGACAGACCAGGACAUGGGGAUGAGCAUAUCGGACAUGACAAGUUCUCAGUCUUCGGGCACACUGUCGUGUGGUGAGAUCAUGUCGGACAGUAUGUGCGAAAACCUAGAGGACAUCGAGGUUUCAGACACCCAAGUCAUGACUUUCGACGAUUCAAAUGUGCCCAAAUUAAUGUCCGAUUCAAGUUUCGCUACCGAUCCUGAUAGUGGCUUGGACAGAACGAUUGAUGAUUCCAUGUUGGACAUACUGAACAUGUCCACGGACACCAGUCAUAGUUCCAUCUUUUACUCUGAAAUGACAUCAAGUGAAAUCCCUCCUAUCACAGACAGUGAAAGUGUUAUGAAGCUUGAUAGCGGAUUGAGUGAAGCCACUGAGGAGUCCUUCCAACAUAAACCCAAAGAAUCUGAAGGUAUGGCUCCAGGCAUUUCUCCAGGAGUGAUUGGAGACUCCAGCCACAGUACUGUCAUCCCUUCAGAUGCUUCUCAGUCCAUUCAUGACAUAACCAAAGAUGAUUCAUUUCACGAAGAUCCUACUCAUAUCUCCACUUCUCAGGAAGGUGUUCACCAGUGGGAUCCUUCAUCUUCUGACCAAAGUCUUUCAUACUCACCCUCCACUGUUGAUGGGACCACGGACAUGACUAGUCACGAUAGUGAUGAACAUUAUGAGAAUUUUGUACCUGGGACAGAUCCGGAUGGCCAGACUGGCCCUGAAUCUCAGGAGUCCUUAUAUUACUCAUAUCCAGAUGAUGACCUUUCCUCUAUGGAUCAAGAUUCAGGUCUGAUUUCCAACACACAGACCUUACCCCGACUAGACCUCGACCAGUACUCUGGAGAAGUUUCGAGGAUUCCUGGCCAGCCAAUUAUUGUGGUGUCAGAGUAUCAAACUCCAGAUAGUACUCCUCUAGAAGAGACUGCAAAAUAUUCUUUUGAUGCAUAUCGAGAUCAGGUUGUGCCUUAUUCUGAAGAAGACGCUGAAGAUGAUUUUCUUGCCAAUGAGAAACUUUGUGAUACUGAACCCACUGAAGUAGCAUCCAAGGACUUCAAACACAAACAAGAAUGUGAUGAUUUACAAGAUUAUGAUAGUACAAUACAUUCUGGUCCAUACGAAUCCCGAGCCAUAUCGGAUGUUUACCAUAGGGCAAAAGAUAAAGCAAGUGCAAUUCAACAGGAACCUUUCUUUGUAACUUGUGAACCUUGUGGUGAGACUCUUGACAAUGUCACUGAAAGUGAUCUUAGUUCCACACCAACAUCUGAAGCCAGUGCUACUGUCCAUGAAGUAUUUAGUGACUCUGUAACAGACAUUUCAAGGACUAUUUCACACUUAAGUGAAACAGAGUCAACACAGAUAGAUCAGGUUUUUAAUCAAGAUAGUAAUGCAAAUAUGAUAACAGGCGUAACCGACAGUGUUCCAACAGGAUUUCAGUCCCUUACAGAUAUGUCUGCUGGGUUUAUUUCUUUCGAUACACAUAAACAGACAGAUGUUUCCAGUCAGUCUCAAAAUGAGCUAAAUGAUGAUGACUAUGAUGAAACUGCAACUGAGUCUAUUGUUGCAGAAUCCGAGGCAGAGUCUCAGGACACAUCUGCUAGUGUUGUGACUGUAGUUGAAUCCAGACUUGUGGAUUUCGACAAUUUAUCUGAGAGUGCUUCCUUUGAAGAUCUUGCAAAUAUCCAAGAGUCAAGAAGCAUGCACAGUCUUGAUGGAACGUCUGUGGAUGUUUUGGGUGAGGCUGUUGAUUUGUCCUGUUCCUCAGUUGAUAGUGAAAUGCUGCCUGAGAGAAGUGGAAUCUUCAGUGAUGGCACAUCUGUGGAUGAUAUGUCUGCAGCUGACAGUGAGGGAAGUCCAAGAGAAGUAGAUGCUGACAGUCCUCUAGUUACAGCGUCUGAGGGAACAUCUGUUGAUGACUUCCUGGACUCCUCAUCUUUGGACAAUGUCGACACAAAAUCAACAUCAUCUGAACAGAUGUUUGAAAGUGCAAGUGAGACGUCCUUGAUGGAAGGGUCCUCGGUUGAUGAAGCAUUUGUGACAUUGGUUGAGUCUUCAGUUGAUAAGACUGUUGCAGGAGUAAGUUCAAUGCCAGGUACUUACCCAUCUCAAGAAAUUAUCAGCGAGGAGUCGGCAGUGUGUGUUGCCUCAGAUACAGGUGCCAGUCAGUUUGAGGAUGCUGAAGGCUCCUCUGUUGAUGGCCUUCCAAACACAGAAGCAAUACCAACUGGGGAAACAGAACACAAGACAAUAGAACCCUCAGACAAGGAGGAACACAUUACCACACCUCAAUCAAGUCAUUCUGUUGUCAGUCCUGAGACGGCGUCAAGUGUUCUGUUACGAGAGGAGCAGCACAGAUCAGUGACAGAAACUGCUGAAAUUGAAACAAACAGACUCUCCACUCCUCUGUCAGACUAUGCAACAUCUUCAGAUGGAGCCAACAGUGAUGAUGUUGGUAUCACUGAUAUGGAUGUAGCUGCUGAACUGGCUGCAUGGGAUUCAACAUCGAGUCAACUUGUUUACGGAGAAUCGAGUCAGAUUAUACCCGAAGAUGAGGUUGCUGUAGGAUCUGCUGUUAUCCCUCCAGUACAACCGAUGACAACUGAAAACAUGCCAGACUCUUCUAAAGAGCAAUCAGAGAAUGCUGAGUCUGUUGAUGUAGAAGAGGAGCUGUUUGGUGAAACAACUGAUUCUCUUGAGGCUUCAGCUGAUGAUACAGCUACAACAGAGGCUGGUCUUACAUCAGAUGAGACUUUGGACUUAUUAGAGGAAUGUUUUGAAGAUGUCAAAGAAGAUCAAAGCUAUCCAUUUGAUGCUGAACUGGAUACAGUGACAGCAAAAUCUACUCAAGAAACUGAACAAACACUGGCAGAUAGUGACGUUGACUUGUCCGUUUCACAUAUUACCUUGGUAGAAGAGUCUCAGCAAGUUGCCUUGGGGGAAUAUGCUCAAGGAGCAAGUAAUACCAGUUCAUCAAGGAAUGAAACACUGUCUACCUCAAAUGAAUUAGAAGCUGUGGUAUCUGAAAUGUUCCACGAUGGAGCUAAGCAGCUGGAGAUCACGAGGGAAGCAGAAGGGGAGGCUCUUGAAUCUGACACAAGUGGUGAUAAAGUGUUGGCAAGGGAAGUCAAAGACACAUCCACUGCAGAGAUGGAUCGAACAGACCAAGUAAUAUAUGCAUCAGAUAUGUCAACAUCUCUGUCUUCUGCUGGAGGUGAUUCACUGGAAAUAAAACAAGCCCAAGAAACAACUGAUGAGUCUGUAUUGCUAUCAAGUAAAGAUACAAUCAGUGAGUCAAUAACAUCAAUGGGUGAACCUCAAGACGAACUCCAUGGGUUAUUGCACCAGUUUGAGGAUUUGGUUGUUACUGAAGGUGACCUUGAUGACUUUGAAAGAACAGAACAUCACAUGACAUCAAGUGAAGAUUCAGAGCUGAGCAGAGAAAGGAUGAGUGGCUCUGAAUUGGCAGCCCUAUCACUGGAAUAUUCUGAAUGUGCAACAAUCUUAAGACACAAAGGAGUGUCAAUGUCACUUGAACAACAAAAACUGUCUGAAGAGCCAGAGCUUUGUGAAAUGGAACCUGCUAAAGCAGGAACAAAUACCCUAUCAUUUGCUGGAGAAUCUACAUACUCAUUCUGUGAGUACAACACUGAACUGAAGCAACUAGGAGUUAUGGGUCUUCAAAGAGCCCGGGAAUUUGUAGAGCUACCAUUUCACGUAAUGGAGAGUGAGUACCUAGUGCGCUACCUCACUGUUGAGACGCACUUAGCCACACUAGAGGUGCAGAAGGAGAUUGAGACAGUGAGAAAAGAACAAGAAGAUAUUACAGAAAAGGAAAAUGCACAGUCCUUUAUUAUGGUUGACAAUGGGGACCAUAUUGAUUACAACCUCUCCACUGAAAUGUUUCAGAGUAUGAAACUGUUUGAUGAUGCUCCACCUGCCAGAAGAAUGUCUCUGCUGUUCUACUCUGGUGACAGUACAUAUAUUGAGCCCUCUGUGGAAAUGGUCUGUCCAUUCAUAAUUGCACAGGAAAUGAGGCAGGAUUUAAAGUCAGCCUACAGCACGCAUACAAAAGAUCAGCAAGGAUUCCAAGGUUAUCUAGAUAUAGGAUGUGGCACAGAUGUUACAUAUCCUGAUGACUCCCUAAGACCUACGCAUUCUACUGAGCAGAGAUCAGAUAGUACUCCAAGCCAAUUUUUUUACCAAAAAAUGGAUGCUGAAAGUCUAAUGGUUCAUGGUCAGAUUUCCCAACUAGACACUGAAGAUGAAUCUAAAACCAUCGAGGCUGUCAGUGAAUACGAACAAGGAGAGGUGUCUCAUCAAGUCACUGAAGAUGAACCAGAAAACAUUGAGACUGUCACUGAAUACAGACAAGAAGAAGUACCCCAACAAGUCACAGAAGAUGAACCAGAAAUCUUGGAGGCUGUCACUGAAUACAAACAAGGAGAAGUGCCACACACAGUGAAAGAAGAUGACACUGAAACCAUCGAGGCUGUCAGUGAAGACAAACAUGAUGAAAAGAAACCAGAAGAGAGCUCUGAAUUUGCUCCAGGUGGAUGGUUUGACAAUGUUGAAGAUGGUCAAGAAAUUGGUGCUGAAAUUCUGACAGUUGAUGGCCAAGUGCCCCAACCAGUCACAGAAGAUGAAACUGAAACCUUCGAGGCUGUCAGUGAAGACAAACAAGAUGAAAAGAAACCAGAAGAGAGCUCUGAAUUUGCUCCAGGUGGAUGGUUUGACAAUGUUGAAGAUGGUCAAGAAAUUGGUGCUGAAAUUCUGACAGUUGAUGGCCAAGUGCCCCAACCAGUCAUUGAAGAUGAAACUGAAACCAUUGAUGUUCAUAGUGAAGACAAACAUGAUGAAAAGAAACCAGAAGAGAGCUCUGAAUUUGCUCCAGGUGGAUGGUUUGACAAUGUUGAAGAUGGUCAAGAAAUUGGUGCUGAAAUUCUGACAGUUGAUGGCCAAGUGCCCCAACCAGUCACAGAAGAUGAAACUGAAACCUUCGAGGCUGUCAGUGAAGACAAACAAGAUGAAAAGAAACCAGAAGAGAGCUCUGAAUUUGCUCCAGGUGGAUGGUUUGACAAUGUUGAAGAUGGUCAAGAAAUUGGUGCUGAAAUUCUGACAGUUGAUGGCCAAGUGCCCCAACCAGUCACAGAAGAUGAAACUGAAACCUUCGAGGCUGUCAGUGAAGACAAACAAGAUGAAAAGAAACCAGAAGAGAGCUCUGAAUUUGCUCCAGGUGGAUGGUUUGACAAUGUUGAAGAUGGUCAAGAAAUUGGUGCUGAAAUUCUGACAGUUGAUGGCCAAGUGCCCCAACCAGUCACAGAAGAUGAAACUGAAACCUUCGAGGCUGUCAGUGAAGACAAACAAGAUGAAAAGAAACCAGAAGAGAGCUCUGAAUUUGCUCCAGGUGGAUGGUUUGACAAUGUUGAAGAUGGUCAAGAAAUUGGUGCUGAAAUUCUGACAGUUGAUGGCCAAGUGCCCCAACCAGUCAUUGAAGAUGAAACUGAAACCAUUGAGGCCGUCAGUGAAGACAAACAAGAUGAAAAGAAACCAGAAGAGAGCUCCGAAUUUGCCCCAGGUGGAUGGUUUGACAAUGUUGAAGAUGGUCAAGAAAUUGGUGCUGAAAUUCUGACAGUUGAUGGCCAAAUACCUCAAGCAGUCACUGAAGAUGAAACUGAAACCACCGAGGCUGUCAGAGAAGACAAACAAGGAGAAGUACCUGAACCAGUCACAGAAGAUGAAUCUGAAACCAUCAAGGCUGUCACUGAAUAUGAACAAGGAGAAGUGUCUCAUCAAUUCACUGAAGAUGAACCAGAAAACAUUGAGACUGUCACUGAAUACAGACAAGAAGAAGUACCCCCACAAGUCACAGAAGAUGAACCAGAAAUCUUCGAGGCUGUUACUGAACACAAACAAGGAGAAGUGCCACACACAGUGACAGAAGAUGUCACUGAAACCAUCGAGGCUGUCAGUAAAGACAAACAGGAUGACAAGAAAACGGGAGAGAGCUCUGAAUUUGCUCCAGGUGGAUGGUUUGACAAUGUUGAAGAUGGUCAAGAAAUUGGUGCUGAAAUUCUGACAGUUGAUGGCCAAGUGCCCCAACCAGUCAUUGAAGAUGAAACUGAAACCAUUGAUGCUGUCAGUGAAGACAAACAAGGAGAAGUGCCCCAAGCAGUCACAGAAGAUGAAUCUGAAAUCAUCAAGGCUGUCACUGAAUAUGAACAAGGAGAAGUGUCUCAACAAGUCACUGAAGAUGAACCAGAAAACAUCGAGACUGUCACUGAAUACAGACAAGAAGAAGUACCCCCACAAGUCACAGAAGAUGAACCAGAAAUCUUGGAGGCUGUCACUGAAUACAAACAAGGAGAAGUGCCACACACAGUGAAAGAAGAUGACACUGAAACCAUCGAGGCUGUCAGUGAAGACAAACAUGAUGAAAAGAAACCAGAAGAGAGCUCUGAAUUUGCUCCAGGUGGAUGGUUUGACAAUGUUGAAGAUGGUCAAGAAAUUGGUGCUGAAAUUCUGACAGUUGAUGGCCAAGUGCCCCAACCAGUCAUUGAAGAUGAAAUUGAAACCAUCGAGGCUGUCAGUGAAGACAAACAAGAUGAAAAGAAACCAGAAGAGAGCUCUGAAUUUGCUCCAGGUGGCUGGUUUGACAAUGUUGAAGAUGGUCAAGAAAUUGGUGCUGAAAUUCUGACAGUUGAUGGCCAAGUGCCCCAACCAGUCAUUGAAGAUGAAACUGAAACCAUUGAGGCCGUCAGUGAAGACAAACAAGAUGAAAAGAAACCAGAAGAGAGCUCCGAAUUUGCUCCAGGUGGAUGGUUUGACAAUGUUGAAGAUGGUCAAGAAAUUGGUGCUGAAAUUCUGACAGUUGAUGGCCAAAUACCUCAAGCAGUCACUGAAGAUGAAACUGAAACCACCGAGGCUGUCAGUGAAGACAAACAAGGAGAAGUACCUGAACCAGUCACAGAAGAUGAAUCUGAAACCAUCAAGGCUGUCACUGAAUAUGAACAAGGAGAAGUGUCUCAUCAAUUCACUGAAGAUGAACCAGAAAACAUUGAGACUGUCACUGAAUACAGACAAGAAGAAGUACCCCCACAAGUCACAGAAGAUGAACCAGAAAUCUUGGAGGCUGUUACUGAACACAAACAAGGAGAAGUGCCACACACAGUGACAGAAGAUGUCACUGAAACCAUCGAGGCUGUCAGUGAAGACAAACAGGAUGACAAGAAAACGGGAGAGAGCUCUGAAUUUGCUCCAGGUGGAUGGUUUGACAAUGUUGAAGAUGGUCAAGAAAUUGGUGCUGAAAUUCUGACAGUUGAUGGCCAAGUGCCCCAACCAGUCAUUGAAGAUGAAACUGAAACCAUUGAUGCUGUCAGUGAAGACAAACAAGGAGAAGUGCCCCAAGCAGUCACAGAAGAUGAAUCUGAAAUCAUCAAGGCUGUCACUGAAUAUGAACAAGGAGAAGUGUCUCAACAAGUCACUGAAGAUGAACCAGAAAACAUCGAGACUGUCACUGAAUACAGACAAGAAGAAGUACCCCCACAAGUCACAGAAGAUGAACCAGAAAUCUUGGAGGCUGUCACUGAAUACAAACAAGGAGAAGUGCCACACACAGUGAAAGAAGAUGACACUGAAACCAUCGAGGCUGUCAGUGAAGACAAACAUGAUGAAAAGAAACCAGAAGAGAGCUCUGAAUUUGCUCCAGGUGGAUGGUUUGACAAUGUUGAAGAUGGUCAAGAAAUUGGUGCUGAAAUUCUGACAGUUGAUGGCCAAGUGCCCCAACCAGUCAUUGAAGAUGAAAUUGAAACCAUCGAGGCUGUCAGUGAAGACAAACAAGAUGAAAAGAAACCAGAAGAGAGCUCUGAAUUUGCUCCAGGUGGCUGGUUUGACAAUGUUGAAGAUGGUCAAGAAAUUGGUGCUGAAAUUCUGACAUUUGAUGGCCAAGUGCCCCAACCAGUCAUUGAAGAUGAAAUUGAAACCAUCGAGGCUGUCAGUGAAGACAAACAAGGAGAAGUACCCGAACCAGUCACAGAAGAUGAAUCUGAAACCACCAAGGCUGUCACUGAAUAUGAACAAGGAGAAGUGUCUCAUCAAGUCACUGAAGAUGAACCAGAAAACAUCGAGACUGUCACUGAAUACAGACAAGAGGAAGUACCCCCACAAGUCACAGAAGAUGAACCAGAAAUCUUGGAGGCUGUCACUGAAUACAAACAAGGAGAAGUGCCACACACAGUGAAAGAAGAUGACACUGAAACCAUCGAGGCUGUCAGUGAAGACAAACAUGAUGAAAAGAAACCAGAAGAGAGCUCUGAAUUUGCUCCAGGUGGAUGGUUUGACAAUGUUGAAGAUGGUCAAGAAAUUGGUGCUGAAAUUCUGACAGUUGAUGGCCAAGUGCCCCAACCAGUCAUUGAAGAUGAAACCGAAACCAUUGAGGCUGUCAGUGAAGACAAACAAGAUGAAAAGAAACCAGAAGAGAGCUCUGAAUUUGCUCCAGGUGGAUGGUUUGACAAUGUUGAAGAUGGUCAAGAAAUUGGUGCUGAAAUUCUGACAGUUGAUGGCCAAGUGCCCCAACCAGUCAUUGAAGAUGAAACUGAAACCAUUGAGGCUGUAAGUGAAGACAAACAAGAUGAAAAGAAACCAGAAGAGAGCUCUGAAUUUGCUCCAGGUGGAUGGUUUGACAAUGUUGAAGAUGGUCAAGAAAUUGGUGCUGAAAUUCUGACAGUUGAUGGCCAAGUGCCCCAACCAGUCAUUGAAGAUGAAAUUGAAACCAUCGAGGCUGUCAGUGAAGACAAACAAGGAGAAGUACCCGAACCAGUCACAGAAGAUGAAUCUGAAACCACCAAGGCUGUCACUGAAUAUGAACAAGGAGAAGUGUCUCAUCAAGUCACUGAAGAUGUACCCGAAAACAUUGAGACUGUCACUGAAUACAGACAAGAAGAAGUACCCCCACAAGUCACAGAAGAUGAACCAGAAAUCUUGGAGGCCGUCACUGAAUACAAACAAGGAGAAGUACCACACACAGUGACAGAAGAUGACACUGAAACCAUCGAGGCUGUCAGUGAAGACAAACAUGAUGAAAAGAAACCAGAAGAGAGCUCUGAAUUUGCUCCAGGUGGAUGGUUUGACAAUGUUGAAGAUGGUCAAGAAAUUGGUGCUGAAAUUCUGACAGUUGAUGGCCAAGUGCCCCAACCAGUCAUUGAAGAUGAAACUGAAACCAUUGAGGCUGUCAGUGAAGACAAACAAGGAGAAGUACCUGAACCAGUCACAGAAGAUGAAUCUGAAACCACCAAGGCUGUCACUGAAUAUGAACAAGGAGAAGUGUCUCAUCAAGUCACUGAAGAUGAACCAGAAAACAUCGAGGCUGUCACUGAAUACAGACAAGAAGAAGUACCCCCACAAGUCACAGUAGAUGAACCAGAAAUCUUGGAGGCUGUCACUGAAUACAAACAAGGAGAAGUACCACAUACAGUGACAGAAGAUGACACUGAAACCAUCGAGGCUGUCAGUGAAGACAAACAAGAUGAAAAGAAACCAGAAGAGAGCUCUGAAUUUGCUCCAGGCGGCUGGUUUGACAAUGUUGAAGAUGGUCAAGAAAUUGGUGCUGAAAUUCUGACAGUUGAUGGCCAAGUGCCCCAACCAGUCAUUGAAGAUGAAACUGAAACAAUUGAGGCUGUCAGUGAAGACAAACAUGAUGAAAAGAAACCAGAAGGGAGCUCUGAAUUUGCUCCAGGCGGAUGGUUUGACAAUGUUGAAGAUGGUCAAGAAAUUGGUGCUGAAAUUCUGACAGUUGAUGGCCAAGUGCCCCAACCAGUCAUUGAAGAUGAAACUGAAACCAUUGAGGCUGUCAGUGAAGACAAACAAGAUGAAAAGAAACCAGAAGAGAGCUCUGAAUUUGCUCCAGGUGGAUGGUUUGACAAUGUUGAAGAUGGUCAAGAAAUUGGUGCUGAAAUUCUGACAGUUGAUGGCCAAGUGCCCCAACCAGUCAUUGAAGAUGAAACUGAAACCAUUGAGGCUGUCAGUGAAGACAAACAAGGAGAAGUACCUGAACCAGUCACAGAAGAUGAACCAGAAAACAUCGAGACUGUCACUGAUUACAGACAAGAAGAAGUACCCCCACAAGUCACAGUAGAUGAACAAGAAAUCUUGGAGGCUGUCACUGAAUACAAACAAGGGGAAGUACCACAUACAGUGACAGAAGAUGACACUGAAACCAUCAAGGCUGUCAGUGAAGACAAACAAGGAGAAGUACCCGAACCAGUCACAGAAGAUGAAUCUGAAACCACCAAGGCUGUCACUGAAUAUGAACAAGGAGAAGUGUCUCAUCAAGUCACUGAAGAUGUACCCGAAAACAUUGAGACUGUCACUGAAUACAGACAAGAAGAAGUACCCCCACAAGUCACAGAAGAUGAACCAGAAAUCUUGGAGGCCGUCACUGAAUACAAACAAGGAGAAGUACCACACACAGUGACAGAAGAUGACACUGAAACCAUCGAGGCUGUCAGUGAAGACAAACAUGAUGAAAAGAAACCAGAAGAGAGCUCUGAAUUUGCUCCAGGUGGAUGGUUUGACAAUGUUGAAGAUGGUCAAGAAAUUGGUGCUGAAAUUCUGACAGUUGAUGGCCAAGUGCCCCAACCAGUCAUUGAAGAUGAAACUGAAACCAUUGAGGCUGUCAGUGAAGACAAACAAGAUGAAAAGAAACCAGAAGAGAGCUCUGAAUUUGCUCCAGGCGGCUGGUUUGACAAUGUUGAAGAUGGUCAAGAAAUUGGUGCUGAAAUUCUGACAGUUGAUGGCCAAGUGCCCCAACCAGUCAUUGAAGAUGAAACUGAAACCAUUGAGGCUGUCAGUGAAGACAAACAUGAUGAAAAGAAACCAGAAGAGAGCUCUGAAUUUGCUCCAGGUGGAUGGUUUGACAAUGUUGAAGAUGGUCAAGAAAUUGGUGCUGAAAUUCUGACAGUUGAUGGCCAAGUGCCCCAACCAGUCACAGAAGAUGAAACUGAAACCAUUGAGGCUGUCAGUGAAGACAAACAAGAUGAAAAGAAACCAGAAGAGAGCUCUGAAUUUGCUCCAGGCGGCUGGUUUGACAAUGUUGAAGAUGGUCAAGAAAUUGGUGCUGAAAUUCUGACAGUUGAUGGCCAAGUGCCCCAACCAGUCAUUGAAGAUGAAACUGAAACCAUUGAGGCUGUCAGUGAAGACAAACAUGAUGAAAAGAAACCAGAAGGGAGCUCUGAAUUUGCUCCAGGCGGCUGGUUUGACAAUGUUGAAGAUGGUCAAGAAAUUGGUGCUGAAAUUCUGACAGUUGAUGGCCAAGUGCCCCAACCAGUCAUUGAAGAUGAAACUGAAACCAUUGAGGCUGUCAGUGAAGACAAACAAGAUGAAAAGAAACCAGAAGAGAGCUCUGAAUUUGCUCCAGGUGGAUGGUUUGACAAUGUUGAAGAUGGUCAAGAAAUUGGUGCUGAAAUUCUGACAGUUGAUGGCCAAGUGCCCCAACCAGUCAUUGAAGAUGAAACUGAAACCAUCGAGGCUGUCAGUGAAGACAAACAAGGAGAAGUACCCAAACCAGUCACAGAAGAUGAAUCUGAAACCACCAAGGCUGUCACUGAAUAUGAACAAGGAGAAGUGUCUCAUCAAGUCACUGAAGAUGAACCAGAAAACAUCGAGACUGUCACUGAAUACAGACAAGAAGAAGUACCCCCACAAGUCACAGAAGAUGAACCAGAAAUCUUGGAGGCUGUCACUGAAUACGAACAAGGAGAAGUGUCUCAUCAAGUCACUGAAGAUGAACCAGAAAACAUCGAGACUGUCACUGAAUACAGACAAGAAGAAGUACCCCCACAAGUCACAGAAGAUGAACCAGAAAUCUUGGAGGCUGUCACUGAAUACAAACAAGGAGAAGUACCACAUACAGUGACAGAAGAUGACACUGAAACCAUCGAGGCUGUCAGUGAAGACAAACAUGAUGAAAAGAAACCAGAAGAGAGCUCUGAAUUUGCUCCAGGUGGAUGGUUUGACAAUGUUGAAGAUGGUCAAGAAAUUGGUGCUGAAAUUCUGACAGUUGAUGGCCAAGUGCCCCAACCAGUCAUUGAAGAUGAAACUGAAACCAUUGAUGUUCAUAGUGAAGACAAACAAGAUGAAAAGAAACCAGCAGAAAGCUCUGAAUUUGCUCCAGGUGGAUGGUUUGACAAUGUUGAAGAUGGUCAAGAAAUUGGUGCUGAAAUUCUGACAGUUGAUGGCCAAGUGCCCCAACCAGUCAUUGAAGAUGACACUGAAACCAUCGAGGCUGUCAGUGAAGACAAACAAGAUGACAAGAAACCGGAAGAGAGCUCUGAAUUUGCUCCAGGUGGAUGGUUUGACAAUGUUGAAGAUGGUCAAGAAAUUGGUGCUGAAAUUCUGACAUUUGAUGGCCAAGUGCCCCAACCAGUCACUGAAGAUGACACUGAAACUAUCGAGGCUGUCAGUGAAGACAAACAGGAUGACAAGAAACCGGAAGAGAGCUCUGAAUUUGCUCCAGGUGGAUGGUUUGACAAUGUUGAAGAUGGUCAAGAAAUUGGUGCUGAAAUUCUGACAGUUGAUGGCCAAGUGCCCCAACCAGUCAUUGAAGAUGAAACUGAAACCAUUGAGGCUGUCAGUGAAGACAAACAAGAUGAAAAGAAACCAGAAGAGAGCUCUGAAUUUGCUCCAGGCGGCUGGUUUGACAAUGUUGAAGAUGGUCAAGAAAUUGGUGCUGAAAUUCUGACAGUUGAUGGCCAAGUGCCCCAACCAGUCAUUGAAGAUGAAACUGAAACCAUUGAGGCUGUCAGUGAAGACAAGCAAGAUGAAAAGAAACCAGAAGAGAGCUCUCAAUUUGCACCAGGUGGAUGGUUUGACAAUGUUGAAGAUGGUCAAGAAAUUGGUGCUGAAAUUCUGACAGUUGAUGGACAAGUGCCCCAAGUAGUCAUUGAAGAUGAAACUGAAACCAUUGAGGCUGUAAGUGAAGACAAACAAGAUGACAAGAAACCGGAAGAGAGCUCUGAAUUUGCUCCAGGUGGAUGGUUUGACAAUGUUGAAGAUGGUCAAGAAAUUGGUGCUGAAAUUCUGACAUUUGAUGGCCAAGUGCCCCAACCAGUCACUGAAGAUGACACUGAAAACAUUGAGACUGUCACUGAAUACAGACAAGAAGAAGUACCCCCACAAGUCACAGAAGAUGAACUAGAAAUCUUGGAGGCCGUCACUGAAUACAAACAAGGAGAAGUACCACACACAGUGACAGAAGAUGACACUGAAACCAUCGAGGCUGUCAGUGAAGACAAACAUGAUGAAAAGAAACCAGAAGAGAGCUCUGAAUUUGCUCCAGGUGGAUGGUUUGACAAUGUUGAAGAUGGUCAAGAAAUUGGUGCUGAAAUUCUGACAGUUGAUGGCCAAGUGCCCCAACCAGUCAUUGAAGAUGAAAUUGAAACCAUCGAGGCUGUCAGUGAAGACAAACAAGGAGAAGUACCCAAACCAGUCACAGAAGAUGAAUCUGAAACCACCAAGGCUGUCACUGAAUAUGAACAAGGAGAAGUGUCUCAUCAAGUCACUGAAGAUGAACCAGAAAACAUCGAGACUGUCACUGAAUACAGACAAGAAGAAGUACCCCCACAAGUCACAGAAGAUGAACCAGAAAUCUUGGAGGCUGUCACUGAAUAUGAACAAGGAGAAGUGUCUCAUCAAGUCACUGAAGAUGAACCAGAAAACAUCGAGACUGUCACUGAAUACAGACAAGAAGAAGUACCCCCACAAGUCACAGAAGAUGAACCAGAAAUCUUGGAGGCUGUCACUGAAUACAAACAAGGAGAAGUACCACAUACAGUGACAGAAGAUGACACUGAAACCAUCGAGGCUGUCAGUGAAGACAAACAUGAUGAAAAGAAACCAGAAGAGAGCUCUGAAUUUGCUCCAGGUGGAUGGUUUGACAAUGUUGAAGAUGGUCAAGAAAUUGGUGCUGAAAUUCUGACAGUUGAUGGCCAAGUGCCCCAACCAGUCAUUGAAGAUGAAACUGAAACCAUUGAUGUUCAUAGUGAAGACAAACAAGAUGAAAAGAAACCAGCAGAAAGCUCUGAAUUUGCUCCAGGUGGAUGGUUUGACAAUGUUGAAGAUGGUCAAGAAAUUGGUGCUGAAAUUCUGACAGUUGAUGGCCAAGUGCCCCAACCAGUCAUUGAAGAUGACACUGAAACCAUCGAGGCUGUCAGUGAAGACAAACAAGAUGACAAGAAACCGGAAGAGAGCUCUGAAUUUGCUCCAGGUGGAUGGUUUGACAAUGUUGAAGAUGGUCAAGAAAUUGGUGCUGAAAUUCUGACAUUUGAUGGCCAAGUGCCCCAACCAGUCACUGAAGAUGACACUGAAACUAUCGAGGCUGUCAGUGAAGACAAACAGGAUGACAAGAAACCGGAAGAGAGCUCUGAAUUUGCUCCAGGUGGAUGGUUUGACAAUGUUGAAGAUGGUCAAGAAAUUGGUGCUGAAAUUCUGACAGUUGAUGGCCAAGUGCCCCAACCAGUCAUUGAAGAUGAAACUGAAACCAUUGAGGCUGUCAGUGAAGACAAACAAGAUGAAAAGAAACCAGAAGAGAGCUCUGAAUUUGCUCCAGGCGGCUGGUUUGACAAUGUUGAAGAUGGUCAAGAAAUUGGUGCUGAAAUUCUGACAGUUGAUGGCCAAGUGCCCCAACCAGUCAUUGAAGAUGAAACUGAAACCAUUGAGGCUGUCAGUGAAGACAAGCAAGAUGAAAAGAAACCAGAAGAGAGCUCUCAAUUUGCACCAGGUGGAUGGUUUGACAAUGUUGAAGAUGGUCAAGAAAUUGGUGCUGAAAUUCUGACAGUUGAUGGACAAGUGCCCCAAGUAGUCAUUGAAGAUGAAACUGAAACCAUUGAGGCUGUAAGUGAAGACAAACAAGAUGAAAAGAAACCAGAAGAGAGCUCUGAAUUUGCUCCAGGUGGAUGGUUUGACAAUGUUGAAGAUGGUCAAGAAAUUGGUGCUGAAAUUCUGACAGUUGAUGGCCAAGUGCCCCAACCAGUCAUUGAAGAUGAAACUGAAACCCUUGAGGCUGUCAGUGAAGACAAACAAGAUGAAAAGAAACCAGAAGAGAGCUCUGAAUUUGCUCCAGGUGGAUGGUUUGACAAUGUUGAAGAUGGUCAAGAAAUUGGUGCUGAAAUUCUGACAGUUGAUGGCCAAGUGCCCCAACCAGUCAUUGAAGAUGAAAUUGAAACCAUUGAGGCUGUCAGUGAAGGCAAAGAAGGAGAAUUACCCCAACAAAUCACUGACGAUAAAGCCGAAAUUCCUGAGGUUGUCUUUGAAGAAGAACAGAGAGAAGUGCCCCAAACAGUCACUGAAGAUGAACAUGAAACUUCAGAAGCUGUCAUUGAAGACAAACACAGAGAAGUUCCCCAACCAGUCACUGAAGAUGAACCCGAAAGCAUUGAGGCUGCCAGCGAAGACAAACAAGAUGAAGAUAAACCUAAGGAAGAAAGUGACCAGAAGACGUUAGGAAAAGUUGAAUAUGAAAGUUGGUUUGCUGGCAUUGUCCCAGUGGCAUCAGAAGAAAAGGACAAAGCUGUAUCGGAGGUUACAGUUGAUCAGCAGGUUACAAUAGAUGAAGCUGUAGAAGUGAUGUCACAGGAAUCUGUAUCAGUCAACCAAGCCUCCAGCUGGUUUGAUGAAACUAUUGACAUGGAAUCAAGUCAGGAAAAAUCAGAAGCAGAAGGUAUACAAGAAGUGAUAACUUUUAAAGAUUUCACUGGCGAGAAGAACCUUGAACCAGUCUUGGAGGGUGAAGCAGAUGAUGCUGAAACUAGAAAGUCUCACACAUCAAAAGAGGAAGCUCAGGCUGAGAGGGUUCCUGAAUACGAAUUGUGCAAAUCUCCACAACAAUCAUCCGAAAUGGAUACAACUUUGUAUGAUAUUGCUGGAGAUGCAACUUUGGAUUUGUUUACAUUCCACAGUGACUCUUCCAAAGCAGAAACUGAUGUUCUCACAUCUUCUGUUGAAUCAAGGGAAGAAGACACAGCCUCAACAUAUCUUGAGGAAUCGGCAUCAAAGAUGGAAACAAGGUCUGAAGCAACUGACGAGGAUGUGGAUAUUUUCGCUGAUGAAAUGUCACCACUCUCAGCAUUAGAACAGUUUUCUGUAGAUGGUGUUGAUAACCUCUUAGCUCAGCCAGAGUUACUGUCAUCCGAAAUAGCAUGUCAGGGUGGUUCAGGAGAAGAAACUGCAUCACACAUCCAAUUUGAUGAGAAAACCACUGAAUGGGCCAUUUCCUCACCUGGACAACUCUACAGGUCUAUGGUCCUUGAAACAAUGGGCAAUUCUGAGUCUGAGAUGGAGGAGACAGUAAGCGAUCCAGAUCACAGCGAGGAUGGAGAUGAAGCCUUGCAACAUUCUACACAGAUUGAUCGUGAAAGAUUCCUUCAAGCAAUUGAAAGCAUUAAUGCAAAGUCCCUUGAGCCACUCUCAGUUGCUGUGGAGAAUAAUGAGACCAAUGUACACCCACCAAUAUCUGCUAUUCCAGAAGAACACAUGACUGAAAAAGAGUCUGAAGUAGACGACAUUGAAACCACAGUGAAGGAAGUAAAUGACAAUUUAUUUGGUGCUGACUAUGACUCUUUUGAAGAGAGUGAUGACCAACAGGGAACACUGGAGGCUGUGCCACAUCACGAUGAUGAUAAUGACAGUUUAAUAGAAACCGAAAUGGAGGAGUUUGAAACUGAGAGCCCGCCCUGUGAGCUAGAUGAGGAGAUGAUGAUGAAGACUUCUGAUAUGCCAGCACAAGUGGUCACAGAAACUGAACAUGAUGAACAAUUCAAUAAGGACAGUCCUACAUUUUUGGAUAUUGAUGGAAUGAAGGUUCAGCUCGAUGGUAUCUUGGAUGAUGAAACUGUCUUGCCAUCAGAUGAACUGUCUACUCAGGAUAUGAUAGAUGAAGCUGAAGAGGCAACAGCUGACCAACCUGUAAGAUUUCUUGCGUACAGAUCAUUUAGUGAAGAUGUCAGUGAUGAGUUAGCUGUACAGGAAGAUGUGACUUUGAUUUCACAUAGGGUUGUCGCAGACAAUCUUGAAGCUGCUGCCUAUGAUGAGUUAAGUCUCCCUGGCGGACAAAUCAUUCCAGCUGAGUUUGUGGAGGAACUCCAUUCAGUUGAUGACUUCAGGAAGGAAAGUGAUAUUCAUAUUGUUGAGGAUAUAUCUAACAAAGACGAGCAGUGUCAAAAUGCUCUUGUGGAAACACCGACAACUGCUUCAGUAGAAAGCAAUGUGGAAGAUGAAUUCGCUGAUGCACAACCUGAGAUCACUGGAACUUCUGAUGGCCACAUUGAUGAUGACAGUACUGAUGCUUCAAACCAGCUUCGUCUUGACUCUGAAACUUCCGAUGCUGACACCUCUUCAUUAAAAAGACAAGAUUCUGAGUCUUCACACUAUGUUACUGUAGAUGAAGACUUUCCUGAUUCUGAUUUGACAGAGAACGAGUCUGCUGCUGAUACUGAACAGGAUUCAGAUGCAGAAGAGUCUGAUGAGUCUGAGGAAUCUGAAGCAGUGUCUGGAGAGGAAGGAGAAGAUGAAGAUGAGGCCACUGAGGAAGCAGCCAGUGAGGAAGAAGAUGAUGAAAGUGAUGAAGAAACAUCAGAUGUGGAGGGAUCCGAUGCAGUGGACUCAGAACUGGCAGAUUCUGAAGUAACAGAAUCCGAAAUAGAAGAGUCUGACAUUGCAGCUUCUGAUGCAACCUCAGCUAUUUCAGGAGCUGAGUCUGAUGGGGAAGAAAGUGAUGAAUCUGAAGAGGAAGAUGAUGAGGAAGACACAGAAGAUGAUGACGAACCAGAAGAUGAACCUACUGAUGUAACGCAAAGUGAUGGGCUUAAUGAGACGGGUGUCCAAACUCGAAAACAAGUUUUGGAAAUCUCAGAAACAGCAACAUCUCAAGCCGUUGCUCAUGGAAACAUGUCAGAGCCUGAGGGUGAUGACCUGAGUAGUGUAACCGAGGCACAGUUUCUGACAGAACUCCAACGACAGAGAUCAUUAGAUGAUACAGCCAAGGUUUCUGAUGCUGGUGACGUGAAUCCUGACAACGCCCCUGCUUCAUCACACGUUUCACAAGCUGACCCUGUUGAAACACCUGAAGAAGUUCCAAUUGAAGGCCCUGCAGUAGAAGAGUCUGCGGAAGAUGCGAGUGUCGAUAUGUGUCAAGGAGAGUCACAGAGAUUAGACGACACAGAGGAGGAGGAGGGAGACGCGGAAGCUUUAUUAAAUCAGGAUAGACAGAGGGAAAGAGAGAGAGAAGAAAGAAAGAAAAGGCGAUCACGCGAGAGAGAAGAUGCAGGGCCUGAAGAGGAACUAGCGCGUCACAGGGAGAAAAGAACACAGCUUGAGUCAGAGAUGUAUGACUUGCUGUCAGAAAUCCUCACGUUGGUGUCUGAUACAUCAGAGAAGAAAGCAGUUGAGGAUUCCUCUACUGAUCAGUCACGACUGGAAAGUGAAGUGUCUGAGGGAGAAAUGUGUGAUGAGAAGAAUGUAUCUGUUGUAUCAGACACUGCAGCAUCAUCAGGUGAAUUUCAAGAGGAGGAAGCAGCAGGUCAGGAUAACAUGGAUGAGCAUCAUCAGAAGUUGGAUGAAAAACAAGAUAAGACUGAGCUAACAUCAUCCGAUGUUUGUGAAACAACAAAUGCUGAAACGGCUGCAGGUGCAGGAGACAUGGACGUUCAGACAGAAGAACUGGGGGAAUCAACAGCUGGUGAUACGAGUGUCAGUGACCAGGAACUUGGAGAGAAUAUGAACGAUACGCCCCAGGAACUAUCACAGUCUACAGAGACAGUGGAAAACACAAAUAUGAAAACCUCAGUAGAAUAUCAGCAGGAUGCAGAUAUUGUUGAAGCUGCAGAAGAUACAGCUGCUUUAGAAAAGAGACUUGAAUCAGGAUCACAGUCCGACUCAGACACUGAGUAUGAGGAUUAUGCUGGAGAUACUCCUACAAAAGUUGCUGCAUCAGAGACAAAGUUAGCUAUGGAAACAUCAAUUGAUGCAACCCAUCAGCAAGUAUCGGAUUCCGACACUGAGUAUGAAGAAUAUGCAUCAGAAGAGAUGCUUGUUGAUGACAUAACAGCUGAUGUAGAACAACCAGUGGUUGAGGAAGAACAGUCAUGUGAUGGCUAUAAGGACGAACCAGGAAGUGCUUCGACAGUCCUUGAUGACAUGGAAGCAGCCACUAAGAUGAAGACUGAAGAGCACAUUGUGUGUGAAAGCGAUUUUCCUGAACUACAAUCUGGUAUUGAACCGUCUGCUUCCUUGACAUCAGAUGAUUCUGAAUUAUCUGCAGCUGAGGGUGCUAUUACUGAUCCAGAAAAACAGCAAUUUGUACGAACUGUUUCAAAAGAGCUUGAUGAGGAGCUGAGACAAGCAACCGAUGAGGAAUGUUCUUCCACUAGAUCAACCGAGAGCCUAGAUUCGCUGAAGAAAGAGUCAUUCAUUCGGAAAAUACAUCAUGACAUGGAUGCGGAACUAUCCCAGGCUCCUGGUGUUACGGAGUCUCAGUCAGUUGAUGGACUUACGAAGCUGAAGGAUGUCCUAGAUGAAGUGGAUGCAGAGCAGAGAAAGGAAUUCAUUGAAUCCAUUGUGAAUGAAAUGAAUGUUGACAUCACUGAUGACGCAGGGAAAACCACAGAAGAACUUAAAGAUACAGAAUUAUUUACAACACAGGAUUCAUCUGACCUACCCCAUACUGAGCAAGAGCUAUGUAUAGCUGAGGGACACCCUUCUGAAAUGGCAGUCACGGAUACUGAUUCUAUACCUACUUUGGAAAUGCAGGAAUCACCAUCAGAACUAACACAAACUGAUGAAAUAAAUGUCAGUGAAGAUGCAAAAGAAACAGCCACUCCAAAAGAAGAGUCGGCAAUCAUAGGGACUGAGGAAGAACUUAAACGCACUCACAGCCAGGAAAGAGAGAUCUGUGGUGUUUCAACCGUCAGAAAUCUUAGCUCACUUUCAGAAGAUGUCAGCAGUGUUGAAGGUGAUGUACCAGUUGCACUCGAGUCAUCAGAAGUAGCAGAUCCUUCCUUGGCACUGCUGUACCAUCUGGAGACCUUCUACUUCAUAGGUGACAAGGAGAAAGAAGAGAGACAGAAGUCAGAGAUUUGUGUCAAUCUGCCGGAACGAAGUCCAAGUGAAGAAAGAUCUGGUGAAAAACAGUUAACCAGGCAUAUGUCGGUGACAUCAUAUGAGGUUAAAGAUACUGACAUAAAGGAAUGUGAGGGAAGUGGAGACACGAACAUACCUUUUGAAAGACAGGUGUCUGAAACCUCCUUUGUCAUAGUGUCACCAAGCGAGGUGGAAUCUCCCAAAGAACAAGCACCUGAGACUAAUGUUAGACAGUUUGGUAGACAGAUUUCUGAGGUCUCGUUCCAAAUGUCAUCCCCAAGAGCUAGUGCUGAAAGAGACACUGCAGCAGAAUCGAAGAAACUGCUUGAGCGACAAGUCUCAGAAAUAUCUGUUGACAUUGGCACAGACAGCAAACAGUUUGAACGACAGAUCUCUGAACUUUCAUUUGAUCUGGAUGAAGAAGGUAAACCAAGACAGGUCGAGAGACAGAUUUCGGAAGUCUCCUUUGCAGUCCAUCCCUUUGAAACAACAGCUUCCGAUGAAGAUGAAGAAGGCAAUCAAAAGAAAAGAUUCACUAGUGCCUCAUCAUAUAUGAUGGAGAACUACUUGAAGGACCAAUCAGAGAGCGCCACAGUCCAGCAGACAUCAACUGCAGAACAUGGGUUCUUUCCUGAUGCAUUUGUUGUUGAAGUGCCAUCAGCUGAUGAGAGCAGCCUUAGCUAUACACAUUCAGACCUGGAUGACAGCGUGUUCGGAAUGGACACAGAAUCGGAAGCAUCUAAGAGCCGACUUGAUAUAAGUCAGUUGACAGAGAGUGAACAUGAAGACAAUACAGGAUUCCAGUUUACUCCAGGAAUGUAUGGCUAUAAGGAACCUCCCAAAACCUACAAAAGUGAACUUGUCAAAGAAGUCAAUAUUGGACAGACAGUUAUAGCACAAGCUGAUGAGAUACCCAAUCCUACAUCCCCAACAUUGAAAUCAGAAAGCUUGUCAGAUUCACAAAAGGAUGACUUAGACGUUUCAACAGAAACAGUUGCAGAUGAAGAUGAUGAUGAAGAUGAAUUCAUUGAUGCUGACAGUGCACAAGAUGAUGUUUUACUUGAUGAGCAGAUAGCUGAUGAAACAAGAGAAAUAUCAAUAGCAGAAGCGGGUGAAGGCCUUACAAGCAUCACAUCUGAGGAUACAACUAUGAUGUAUGAGGAGAAACCAUACCAGUCAGCAGAAAUCGCAGAGACUCUUGAAACUGGUGAUGUGAUGCUCCAAAGUGAAACCAUUUCGGAUGAAACAAAUGACGAGGAAGUAGUGGCCACAGUUGAACCUAAAGAUGGUCCUUCCGCAUGUGAAGACAUUGCAACAAGUGAGUCUAUUUCUGCUGAAUGUCAAGGUGCAACUGCAAUUGUUGUAUCAGAGGAAAGUGACAAUGAAUCAAUGGUCAUCUAUGAAUCAGAAGAAGAGAUUACUGGUAUUGGGGAAAUCAAUUCAUCGUCAGACAUUGAAGAAGCUGUGAAAUAUGCAGAAACGUUUGAUGUCCAACCAGAUAGAGGUCUUGUUGAAGAACUUGGAGAAACAACUGAGGGUGAUGCUUGUUUACAAGAUGUCCCUUAUGGUCAGACAGAUGACCAGCUGCCUAAGCGAGUUGAAGAUGAUAAAACUCUGCGACAGUCUCCAAUCAGAAGUAUCCAUGAAGAUGACGAUGAAUCUGAUAAAGACUUUGAAGAAGCCGCUUAUGUCAAGGAAACAGAUUCUGACUGGCUUCAGAUGAGAACCUCAGACUUCCUGGUCACAGUGACUGACAUUGAAAGACAAGAGAAGAUUAAUUUGUCAAUAUCUACAUCAGAUUUGUCUACCUCUACAGAUGCUGAUGCUCAUCUCAGAGAAGUUGCUGAUGAUGCAGAAGAACUCGAAACAGGAGCCAAGUUCAGCAGUGGCGAUUCAGAAGACGAUUUGCUUGCAGAAGAUGUAUGUGAGGAUGUUAUUAAUGUCAACGCAAGUGAAGAAAUUGUGAAAUCUGAUCAGGAUAUGUCUGAAGAUAAAGAAGUAACAGAGAAAAGUGAAGAUGUUAAGGAAGGGGUAUCAUCAGAUGCAACCAAAUCCGAACAGGAUCAGAUGGAAGAGAUGAUACUUGCACAGGGACAAAUGAUUGGAGAUAGUGACAAAGAAAUAUGUGAUGUUGAUACUCAAAAGAACACGCCCUAUAGAUACAUGUAUGAAAAAGAAUUUGAAGAAUUACGAAGAUUUGAAUCAUUUGAUGACUUGGAACCAGUUACUAAAAGCAAUGUUGAGAGUGUUCAGUCACAGUUACCAACUGAUGACCAAAAACCCAUUCAAGAAGAGGAUUUGACUGAAAUGCGAGACACUGUUGAAUCUACAAAGCCCAAAAUGUGUGAGCUUUCAGAAUCUGAAAAUGACAUGGAUGAAAGCUAUGAAAGUCUAAUUGAGACAUCAGGUGAAUCUCUAGGAGAAAGUCAGCACAAACAACUUCAGCAGUUGACAGCACAAGAACAGCAAAUCAAUACAGAGUCAAUAAAAAAGCUAUCACAAGAGGCACCUGAUGAGGUGGAAGAUUCUGUUGAAGACGCAGAAAGCCCCGAAAGUCUACUUGAGACAUCAGGAGAAUCUUACUCAGAAGAGAGUCAGCACCGACAACUUGAACAAGAUGUUAAACCAGAAAUUGUGUUGGAAACAUCUACUGACACAUCCAUUUCUGAGACUGGUGUGUUUGAAGAAUCUGUAUCCAUGACUGAACCGGAACAUAGACAGCUUGUACAAUCAGACACUGAAGGUAUGGUCAGUGAGAGUUCACUGUCAGAACAUUCACAAGUUGUCAAGUCUGAAAAUAAACUCUUUAAUGUUCCAACACUAGAAAACCUAGUGCAGAUGACAAUGUCAUCAUCAGGGGAAUAUAAUGACCUGAUAAGAGACCUUACCCUGUCAGAAACAGAUACAUUUGACCAACAUGGUAACAAUGUUACCAUACCAAAGGAACCUAUUUUUGAAGGCCUGGACAAUCUUACAGAGGACAAGGAAAUUACAUUUGGUAAUCAGAUCGAGGAAGACAUUGAGACGAAAGCAGCUGAAGAUCUUGUGCAAGCUGUCAUUGCCAGUGCAGUUGUGAGUUUGCAGGAAGAAAACAGGGAGACAGAUGUUUCUUAUGGGCAUGUUGAAACUGAAAUUGAUAGAAGAGAAGAGUUUGCAGAUGAAUUGUAUCCAGGAAAGCGCCCCUCAGUCGAGAGGUCUGCCCCUAAGACAACAGUUGAUGUAUCAGACGAGGGUGGAAUUCAAGACAUCAUAGAUACAGUUGUAGAUGACAACACUGCAAAGUCAGAUGAUGUCCACGUUGUACAAGAAGAAGCUGCAGAAGAAGAUGUACACUGGAGUCGCAGAGACAGUUCUGUAUCUGAAGGGCCAAGUUUUGACCAGUUGAAAGACAUCCUGGCCAAGGUUGUUCCAGCUGCACCAGAAUACUAUGACCAAGAACCAGCAGCCACUCAUGUUAGUGGGGAGGAGAGCCAAGGAAUCGAGGAGCAACAACUACACAUGGAUGAUCGGAAAACUGAUCAUGUGCCUCGGUCCGAUAACCAAACACCAAAUGCUGCUGAAGUUGCUGAAUCUGUUGAUGCAGAUGACACCCAACUACCCAGUGAAGACAAAGUUGAAUCCAUACCUCAUACAUCUGAAAGUAAAGAGAAUAUUGAAACAGGAUUAGAGACAAAUGAACAGACAUUACGGUAUAUGUAUGACAAAGAAUUCAAAGAACUUCUUCAGUUUGAAGGCAGUGAGGAAACAUCCGCCCAGCCAAUAGCAUCAGUCGACCAUUACAGUGACAGUGAACAUGAAGUCGCAACUACAGAAACAGAACCAUCAGUUCAACCCGAGACACAGGAUGACCUAUGUGAAAAAGAAAAGGAAUCUGAAACCGUUGAACAAACUGAGGCUUCAGAUAUGUAUAUGCCAAAUAAUGAUGAUGAGCAACUGCAAGAACGGGCUAUUGAUCACAUGGAAGAAGUAAUUUCAACUCCUGACAUUUAUGAAGAUACAGAGCAAGAGGAAAAGGAUGUGCCCUAUAAGGAAUCCAAAGACCAACUUCAAAAUACAUCUGUGCCAUUAAUCACAGCGACUGAUGUAAGAGAACAGCUUACCACGAUGUCCGAAGAUGACAUUGAUGUGGAGGAUGCUAAUGAGGAAGAGUCUGAGAGAUGUUGCAUCAGUCAAUCAGAAGAGGAUGUCCAACCUGCAGGUGAAAAUGCUGAAGGCAGUGCUGACAAUGAAUCUGAAAGCCCAGCAUUGAAGGAGUUCGAAGAAUCAACUCAGAAUUAUGAAACCUCAGAUUCUGAGAUUGCAACAGAACCCGAAAGAACAGAGCACAGUACCCUGGAUGAAGACAGUUCAAUGUCAGCAGAAGUUAAUGAUUGGACUAUUGAUGAAACAGAGAAGCUUGCAGAGGAAAUAGUUCAAAAUGCUGUUCAGAGUGCAUUGUCUAAUUUGUGGACUGAAAAAGAUUCAUCAUUUGUUGAACAAAGUUACCAGUUACCAGGAGAUGACCAUGAGAUUGAAGAUGACACUGCGAGUCGAGAGGUGCUUGAGGAGAAUGAAUAUCCUGUUGAAGCAGUCACUACAUAUGCCAAGCAAGAGGUUUCUGAAAAGGGGGCUAUUGAAAUUGAACAGGUUCAGACAUUGAUGGCUCCAUAUGCUUCAGAUGAAUCACAAGCUUGUGUAACAGAAGAUAUUGAUGACAUGGAGAAAGUAGCUGAAGAAAUUGUCCAAAGCGCACUUGAGAGUGCAAAGGCAGCUCUGACCCAUCCUGACCAAUUCACACAAGUCGAUAAAGCAAGAACAGAGGAUGUGAUUUUGCAAGAACACGUUCAUCACGAUCAACUUGAAGGACACACUGGUCAUAUGCUGUUACCAUCAGCUGCAAAAUCAGAAGAAAUCAAGGAAGGCCAUGAGACAACAGAAGUUGUGACAGAGGGCGAGGAAUGGUUUGACGGCAAAUACUCUGCUGAAACAUCUAUGGUUGACCAGCACCAACAGUCAGUGGUUGUGGCUACUGAUGAAGUGAUUCAAGCUUCAGUUGAAAGGAUGGACAGUGAAUGUGAGAGAUAUGAAGGAAUGGAGACUGUGACAGAUGAGCUCAGUGGAAGUAGGAGCGAAUACUGUACUGGGCAUGAAGAAAGUCUGACAGAAGAAGCACUUGAAACAGAAACUAAAGUGACCGGUGGUGAAAUUUCUAGAAAAGAAGAACAAUUGAGCAGUGCAGACCCUGAGGUUUUUGAGGAUGAACAAACAUCCUCAGACCACAGACCACAACUUUCAAGGCAGGAAUCCCUGUUAAUGAGAAGGAUCCGAAGUAUUGUAUCAGAUUCAGAUGAGGAGGAGUAUGAUGAGCCUGAACCAUCAACUGAUCGUGCAGAGGAAUUUAUGCCAUCUGAAGAUUUGACUGCCAGUGCCUACAGACCUCAACAAGGCCAGUAUGCACCAUAUGGUUUGGAUGAGGAUUAUGAAGAAAGUAAUCUUGAGUAUGAAGAAGCCUCUGGACAGGAUGGUUAUGUUAGAGAUGAAAGAGAAAGAGAAGAUAUUUUCUGUGAAGAAACUGAAGAUAGAGAAACAGAUUCUCGUCAAGGAUUCUCUGAUACAUCAGGAAGUGUGACUUCAGAAUCGACUACUUUAGUACCAGAUGAAAGUGAAAGCCUUCAGAUAGCUGAGCAGUUAGAUGUUAUUCAGGAAAGAGUUUUAGAUCCAGAGGACCAUAUUGCUGAUGAUGAUGACAUUGACAAAGAUGAGGAGCAAGGCCAGGAAGAUGAUGUUACUCUCACAACUGAUGACUCAUCUGAUCAGGUAACAUUCACAGAAGCAGAAGAAUCAGGUGAACUGUUUGAGACUGAAGGGAAGUCUAACAUAGGCUCAGACAUUCCACUGAUGACACAAGAUGAAACAGCAUCUGUUCAAGCCAAUGAAAAAAUGCAAGACGAUCAAGUUGAAGCUUUAGCUGAUGUUGAUAUUCCAGAACCAAUAUGCAGUGAUCAAUCAAACCAAGACAAUCAGUUUGACCUGACCCGAGGAACAGACGAUGGUGCACCAGAGGUGGAUGAAGAAAGAUCUGUAAGGGAAGGUUCAAUAGACCAUAUGGAAAGAUUCCUCUAUGCCGUUGAAGAGUGGGAAACUGAACUUGUACAACCACCAGAAAAUACUGUACCUUCAGUUGAUGUAGAUGAAUCUGCUUCCAAACAAGUGAUAAACAUGACAGAUGAACUUGUUAAAAUGACGGAUGAUGUAACUGGGGAGAGCUGUGGUAGACAUCACUUUGUCCUAAACCCAGAGGCAGAUGAAUUUAUCCCUCAGUCAGAUGAAUGGAAACUACAACUGUUAAAGGACACAAUGUCAGGUUCUGUGGUUAGAGAAUCAAGACUGGAAACCGACUACAGAAGUCAGCCAAUCGAAUCCGCUGAUGAUGAGUUAACGUUAGACCAGUUAACAGAGAAGAUUGCGUCUUUCUGUUUUGAUGAACAAGCUGAAUAUGACGAAUCUUCAAGUCGGCUUGUGCAGCCAUUGCCGGUUGCAGGAGAAGAAGAUACAUUGACAUCACUUGACAAAGAAGAGAUUCUUGAAGAGACAGUACUUGCUGAUGAAAAGAAAAUUCUUGAAGGAGAGACAGUGUUGGAGACAGAACAGAGAACACUUGAUAAGGAAGAGACAUCAUUUGAUAAGGAGAAUGUACUUGAAGAAGAGACACCUCUUGAAAUGGGAGUGACUGUGCUUGAUGAAGAAGAGGCAAUUCUUGGCAAAGAAGAGAUGGCACUUAAAGAGAUCAUACUUGGAGGAGAGACAGCACUUGAUAUAAAAGAUUCAGUACUUGACAAAAAAGAGAUGACAAUUGAUGAAAUGACCUUACUUGGAGGAGAGGCAGUACUUGAUGAAGAGACAGCACUUGAAGAAGAGACAGAUAUUGAUAAAGAAGAGACAGUGCUUGAGAAAGAAGAGAAAGCACUGGAUUUAGAAGAGACAGUACAGGACAAAGAAGACACAGUUCUUGCUGAAGAAGAGACAGCACCUGAGGAACAAGCAAAAGAACUUCAAGAAGAAGAGACAGUGCUUGGUAAAGAAGAGACUGUUAUUGCUAAACAAGAGACAACACUUGAAACAAAAGAGACAACACUUGAGGAAGAAGGCGCAGUACUUGCUAAUGAAGACACAGUUCUUGAUGAAGAAGAGACAGCCCCUGAGGAACAAGAGAAAGAACUUCAGGAAGAAGAGACAGGACUUGCUAAAGAAGAGACUGUUAUUGCUAAACAAGAGCCAACACUUGAAACAACAGAGACAACACUUGAAACAAAAGAGACAACACUUGAGGAAGAAGACACAGUACUUGCUAAUGAAGACACAGUUCUUUAUGAAGAAGAGACAGCACCUGAGGAACAAAAGUUAGAACUUCCUGAAGAAGAGAUAGAACUUGAAGAAGAUACAGUACUUGCUAAAGAAGAGGCAGCACUUGAAGAAGAGACAAUGCUUGACGAAGAAGAGUCUGCACAUGAUGAUAAAGAAACAGCACUUGAGGAAGAAGAGAGAGCACUUGAUAAAGAAGAGAUAGUACAUGAUGAAGAGGCGGCUUUUGAGGAAGAAGAGACAGUACUAGAGGAAGAAGAGACACCACUUGAUAAAGAAGAGGCAGCUUUUGAGGAAGAAGAGACAGCCUUUGAGGAAGAAGAGACAGCACUUGAUAAAGAAGAAACAGCACUUGAUAAAGAAGAGACAGCUCUUGAUAAGGAAGAGACCGUACAUGAUGAAGAGGCAGCUUUUGAGGAAGAAGAGACAGUACUUGCUGAAGAAGAAACUGUUAUUGCUAAAGAAGAGACAACACUUGAAACAAAAGGAACAACUCUUGAGGAACAAGAGACAAUACUGGAUGAAGAAGACGCAGUUCUUGAUAAAGAAGAGACCAUACUUGUGGGAGAGACAGCACUUAAAGGAAAGAUAAUACUUGACAAAGAACAGACAAUACCUGAGACAGUUCUUGAUGAGGAAGAGACAGCACUUGAAGAUGGAUCUGUACUUGAAGGAGAGACAGAACUUGAUGAAAAAGAGACAUUGUGUGAUGAAGAAAAGACAGACCAUUAUAGCGAAGACACGGUUCUUGAAGAAUAUGAGACGGCACUUGAUAGAGAGACAUUACAUGGAGUGGAAACAGUACUUGAUAAAGAAGAGAGAACACUUGAGAAAGAAAAGACAGCUCUUGUUGAAAAAACAAUUCUUGACAAGGAAGAGAUAAAACUUGAUAAGGAAGAGACUGACCCUGAUGAAGAAGAGACCCUACUUGACAAGGGUGAUAUAGCACUUGAUGAAGAUCAGACUGCACUUGACAAAGUGACUGUUCUUGAAGGGGAGACAGUACUUGAAAGAGAGACGAUACUUGACAAAGAAGAGAUAGCAUUUGAUGAAAAAGAAACAACACUUGACAGAGAGGAGACAACCAAAGAUGAACCAAUUGAACAAGUGGCGACAGCUGAAGAAAUGACACUUGAUAAAGAAGAGACACCAAUAGAGGCAGCACCUUUUCAAGAAGAAACAUCCACCAUGGAAGCACUUGAUGGAGAACAGAUACUCAGAGAGCCACUGCUUGAUGAGGAAGUAACACCCAGACAUGAGGCAGUUGACAAAGAUGAGAUGUUGACAGUGGAAACACUUGAUAAAGAACAGACACCAGUGGAGGUUGUUCUUGAUGAAGAAGGAACACCCAUACAGACAGCACUUGAAAAUGAUGACAAGCCCACAGAAGAAGCAAAUUCUCAAGACGUGUAUCCCGAAAAGUUAUUAUCUGGUGCGGGAGAAUCAUCUAGAGUGGUAUCACUUGUUGAUGAAGAAGAAAUGGAAAAGAAGGAAUCACUUGACACAGAAGAGACAUCCAGAGAAAUUCCCCUUAAUGGGGAGGAAACACUCCAAGAGGAGGCAUUUGAGGAAGAAGAGAUACCCAGAGUGGAAUCAUUUGAUGACAAAGAAAAACCCAGAGAGGUAUUACUUGAUGAAGCAGAAUCACCAAGAUGGGAAGCACUUCAUGAAGAACAGUCACCCAGGGAGGCAUCACAAGAUGAGGGAGAAACAUCAAGAGAGGAAGCUAUUGACAACAGAGAGAGCCCAUCAACAGAGGACAAAACAAAUACAGAUGAGGAACACGCAUCAAUAGACGAAGCAGAGUUUGCACUUGGUUCAGAUGAGCCAGCUAGAGAUAUCAAGCCUGAUACAAAUGAGGACAAAUCAGAUUUGGCUGAUGCUGAAACUACAGAUAUUGGUUCCGACAUUGGUCAGUCAGAAAGACAGUUAGAGACACAACCUAAAAUUGCUAAACAAGAGCCUGAAUUAUUAGAACACUUUGAAGAAUUUGCAGAAAGCUACAUUGCAAUGUCAUCAAGCAUAUGCACAGAUGAUGGAUCAAAAGCAGAAGAGGAAUCAUCAGAACUGGAAUCACGUGAUCCACAAGCCGAAGAAAGUGGGGAGGCCAGUGAACAGGAAACAUGUGAAGUUGUUGACAACAAACUGUUGAUUACAAAUGAUGCUGAACCGAUCAUUUCCGAUAAUGUUGUGGAAACCGAUGAUACUUCAACUCUAACUGAUACUCUUGAGAAAAGUGAAACAGAUGCAACUCAGACUGAGGGUGCUUCGACAGAUAAGGAAGUCUCUGAGACAGAAUUUACAGAAGCAGAUGACGACAGACGUGAUGACAAUAGUCUCAUAGAUUCUAUGGAGCCAGUGGAUAUCAAAGAAAUAAUGACGGAUUUGGAAAUCCUUAGACCAUCAGAUUCUGAUUUAGAGAAACUUGUAAAAGAAGUAAUGCGAGAGGAUGAUAUUAACAUUUGCCCUGACUAUCUUCCUGUGGAAGGGAUGGUAGCUAAAUCAAUGUAUGAGUCUUCUUUAACCUCACAAGAAAUCAGCCCGGACAGGGAGAGUGAUUCUUCUAAUGCUCUCUCAUUUGAUAUUGACGCAACUACUCUUGUUCCUUCAUCAGCAGAAGAAGACAAGUUCCUGAUGUCAAGCAAGGAAGACACAUCUACGUCACUCUAUCUAUCAACUCAGGAAACAUUGGACGUUGAAAAUGCAAAAGUCGAUGCCUCUGCCAUGGUAUUUGAAAAGGUGCAAGAAGCCAAGGUCAAGCGAAUGGAAUCUCAAGAAAUUUAUGAAUUUGAUGAAGUAUCUACUGUGGCUGUUUGUGGCGAUGGACAGGCUGCAUUAGAGUCAUUGAAAGAUGAAACCAAGUCCUUGUCUGAAGUUUCUUAUGAGGAUGACAAUGAGAUGGGCAGUGAACAGACUGGAGAAAUCCGGCAUGAAACACAAUGUACUGAGGAAGUGCAGUCAAAUCUGACUGAUGCUGAUAAAGUGAUGGAUGAUCUGUCAGUUGGAAGUGAUACUAGUCCAUCUGCCCCAAACAGCCUCCAAGGGUUUUCAGAAACACCAUCAUCAGAAGGACUGCCAGAAGACCUAAAAGCCACAUUGGAGUUAUUGGAAACCCCGCCAGAGAUCACUGUUCUACCCGAUGCAUACUCAGACCAAAGUGCCAAAUCCCUGAACGAAGCAUCUGUGGAAGUUGGGCAACAUCAUGACGUCGUUGGGGAUAUGAUUGAGAGGGAUGAUGAGGAAGAACACUUUUACAGACCUGAAGAGGUUGAACUGAAGAUGGAUAGUCUUGGAAUCCUAACACCACCUGAAUCUGCGCAUACUGAAUCCGGCUCUGAUUCACUUGAUGCUGAGUAUGAAAUGGUACAAGUCGAUGACACAGAUGAUGAUGUAAAAGCUGAUAAUCAUUUUGAUGCAGAAGAUGACUGGGUUAUCGCGGAUGCUGAAAAGAAGAAGCUGGAAAAACUUGAGCCUAAACUUGAGGAGAGCAUUGAUAUCGUUCCUGCAGAGGCUGAAGCCAAACAUCAAGAAGCUCCUGGUGAUGUUACUGAUGAGAGCAGGAGACCCAGAAUCCCAUCACUUUACCAACGAACAAUGUCAGCUGUACUGUCUGGGGCUGCUGAAGAAACGGAUUGGCAGCUGGAUAUGGCAUCUUUUGUCGCUGAUGAAGAUGAUGAUCUCUUUGCUGAAGGUGGUGCCGAUGAAAGUACUGAGUCCGGUUCAAAGGAAAAAAGACCUCGUAUUCCUUCACUUUACAACAGACAAAUGUCUGCAGCUUUGUCAGGUGUAGCUGAAAUUCCUGAAUGGCAAUCUGAAAUUGUUUGUGAAAUGAUCAGAGGCCAAGACAAUGCACCUGAUGACGAUGUAACGCUUGUUGAUGAUGACAAGACCAUUAAAACUGAUGAUGAAUCAGCUUCUUCUGCUGCAAUUUCGGUGAGAAAUCCUUUUGGUGCUCUUGCCAGUGAUACUACGGACACAACUUCAGAAAGUGAUUCAAUUGCAGGAAAAAUCUACACGUACAAAGCACUCCAAGACAGAGCAGAACGUGAAAGGGAUGUGUUGCAGAGACAAUCAGAACCUACAGUGGACAGUGAAACGUUGUCCAAAGGGGAUGGUGAAGAGAAAAACCAAGAAACGAAGAAGAAACAGAAGAAGAAAGUUAAGAAAUCAUCACCAGUACAGUAUGAUGAGUCGGAACAAACAUGGACAACCAAACCAGACAUAAAUGAACAAGAAGCUACAGAAACUCAGCAACCACAGGAAACAUCUGACUCAACUAAAGAAGCCAAGAAAAAGAAAAAGAAGAACAAGAAAAAGACUGUGGAAGAGAUCCCACAAGAGACUCCUCAAAAGAAAACAGAUGAGAAACCUGCCAUUAUAAUCCCAUCACUUCUCUCAGCUCCUGAUGUAGAAACAGCAGAUGAACAGGGAAAGAAGAAGAAGAAAAAGAAGAAGAAGAGAUCUUCUUCAACUCACUCAUCGCGAUCAGAGCCUGUUGUUGAGGAUAUUAGGGAUAUUACAGAAGAUCCAUUCCUUGUCUCUGGGGACUGGAGUCAGAUGGCUGUCAUGACAGAGAUGUCCACACAGGCUACACCUGUUUCCAGUCCUUCCUGGGCAAUGGCAAGUGUUCUGGACACAUCAAUACAGGAUGCAGUACUCAUAGGCAAUGGAAGACAGUCUCGAACAAGACCAGACAGUCUUAUUCAACAACCCUUGGUUCAGCCAAGUGCUGCUGUAAAUGUGCCAAUCAUUGAAGUGCAUCCAGUUGAAGAGACGUCACCAAAGCCCAAAAAGACCAAGCGUAGAUCUAAAUCUGCAGCUUCUCCGUCCCAAGAACCAACAACAGGUUCAGCACGAGAUGCUACAUCCCCAGCCAAAUCUCUCCUUUCACCAACUAGUGCAAGUGAGACAGACACAACCAGCAAUAGCCAGCAGAAGAAAAAGAAAAGAAGGAACAGAUCGAGAUCUACAUCGACUCAACCCAGGUCCCUUUCGGCCCAGCCACGUGAACGUUCUGUUACACCAUCGUUGUUCACUGAUGAUGAAUCUGAUGAUGAAAAUGGGGCUCGUGGGAGAUCAGCAACGAGGAAAGCUCUGAAGAAAGCCUCCAGCAUGCCUCCCAGUCUUGCGAAUAUCAGUGGAUCAAGAAGGAGAAGAAGCAGAAGGAAGAACAUUGUGGUUGUGCAUCAGCCAAAGAACUUCUAAGCCUGGUGACUUGUAAUAAGAUCAAAUUGAUGACUGUAAUAAUAUUUUGAAACACUGUGGGAAUUGUGAUUUUUAUAAUGGUGAUUUAUGCUGAAUUUGAUGUGAAUUUUCACUACAUUAUCUGACUUCAAAUGAAAACUGUGACUCACACUGACAGUUUCCAGAUUGAUGUCAUUGGAGACUGUCAAACCAGAUUGACUUAUUGCCAUUUUGCUAAAAAAAACAGUAUUUAUGACAUCAUUCACUAUUGUUUCUUAUCGUACUGAAAAGAAGUAUAUUUUGCAUCCAAUGCUGCUUCGACUUUUGGGAAACUUGGUAUCCUAGUCACGAACAUUUCAUCUACAGGUGCACCUUGUGUCUGUGUAAAUUAUCAGUUGGAUAAGGAACGAAGCACGGUGACGUAGGAAUGCUGACUCAAAGUGAUUGUUUGGACGUCAAGUUAGGUUGGGACUUAAUGUUUCAGAAGUAUUGCUCAAAUCUCUUUGGCAUCAUAUAGUACCGUUAUUGUCACUGAAUUCUACACUUUGAAGGCACACGAACAGCUGCUGUUUGUGAAUGACCAUUUUAACUUUGUGUCUGCUUGUUACCUUAGGCAGUGGUCAGUCUCUGACCAUUGGACAUGAUAUGCCCGUAGAGGUGUACUGCCUGCUGUUUGGUUUCAAGAUAACCUAAGCAGCCUGUGAUGUGUCUGUGUCAUUGUAUUUAGAUGGGUUAUGUUUCAACAUACUCAGCAUUGUGCCUUUAAAGAAUAGAUCUUUAGUUGUGUAACCAUACGUGUUUAGAGACAGGAUAUAGAGGAUGUAGAUGUACCUGUAUGUUUGUCAACAAGAGGUUAUUCAUGUUAUCCGUAACUUGACGUCCAAAUAACAGUAUUCAACUUGCAUUUAUGAUGUUAAUAUUUCAGGAUUUGACAUGUGAAAGACAAAGGACAGGGAAUUGAUUUGAUCACAAUGAAAAAACCCGAUGAUGACUGACUUGAAGGCAUUUAAAUGACUUUGGUGGAAAAAAUUGCUGACUUGCAAAUCGACUGAUAUAAUGUCAUUCGUUGGUUGAUGGACAUAAUAUCACAAACCUGUGACUGUCACUUGAUUCAUUGCUUUGCUUUUGUGAAGACUUUAUCACACCAAUGUAACCGACAUAUUCACUUGUUGAGGGUUCAGAUUCACAUAUCAAAUGGCUUGUCAAAUCUUCUUCAUAUUUGUAUGCACAGGAAAUGUCAAUAGUGUCUAUUGUAAACUAAGAAAGUAUAGUUGUGUAUAUGGCUGUACAUUUUGAAGGAGAUAUUUGUAUGCUGUGGGAAAUAUUUCAGAGUAUGCUUUUUAUAUUUUUUAUACUUGUUAUUUAUGUUGAUAUUGUGGUGCGUUGACAUUUCCUGCGAAAUACACAUUUGUUGAAGACAGUCAUUUUGUAAUGUAGGUUCUUAAUGGCAUAAAUGCAUACGUAAUUAAAAUGUAAAUAUGUCAACAUGUCUGUACCUAGACUUGGUACCAUUCCUUUUUGAGAAAUUAAUUAAAUGCAUUUAUGUUAUUCAGAACUGAAGUUCACGGUUGUAAAAUGUCAACUUCUGAUUGACUCACUGAUAUGGAACUCUCGAAAUCGACAUGUGUUUUACCUGUGAUUGACAUGUGUAUUACCUGGUUACCAUGGUGAUGGGUAUGUUCCCACCAAGGAAGCAAACACUUUCUUAUUCAAAGCAUAAAAAUUGUCACUCUCCAUAAAACUUGUGUGGAAAUUACCGACUGAAACUCUCGUCUGUGAUGGCAAUCCUUAAGUAUGUCAAGCAUUUAGUCGGUUUAUGAUUUAGUUGGUAUAGAGCCAAAGACAUUGAGUAUUCAAUUGAUAUAGAUGUCGGACAGGAAUAUCUACCAUCACCCCUCUGUAAUGUCAGUGGACCCUUCUGAGACAUUGAAGGGUUUAACCAUUUCGUUAUUUAGGGGUGAUAGAGUAUUACUACAAAGUGUGUGAUUCCAUAUUAAUUUCCAGUUGUGUUAUAUUACAGUGAAUAUGUUCGACUAUACAUUGUGAUAUUUCUGCAAGAAUGUAUAGUGAAUAAAAAUGUAAACAUUUUA